GGGAAAUUUAACACCGUUAGAUGUCUGUUAAGUGGUGUGAGUAUAUUGAAACAUUGGACUCGGUACCAAUCUAAACAGCGGACUCCAAUAUUUGAAAGACCCGUGCCUUCUUUCCUCCAUUGCUCUCUCCUUCCAUCUCUCUUGGUUGAGUCAAUUCAUCAAACAGGUUGAGUGCACCACCCAACCUCACCAGAGGGGCAAACUCCAACAAGAAACCGGGGAAAGAAAGUCCAACAGAGAGACAAUUCUGUGAUCGGAGCUUCUUCGAGGGAAAGAAUGUCCAACAAGAAACCGGGGAGGCUGGAGACCCACAAGAUUCAUGUUAGCUUCAAGAGUUAAUCAAGGCCUCUGGAUUUGAGCGAAACUGGUCUGAAGAAGCCAACGGAUCGCCAAUAAGGUAGAGCAAUAUUUUACAUUGAAACAUAUACAAAGUUCUGUGAGUAAGUUUAGAUUGAAACAUAUAAAAAAACCGCUGGGUUAUUGUUGUUGUUGAGGCCAUGGCACUGGCUUUGGUUGGAGCGGCUGCCAUAGGAGCACCCUUCGGAGCGCUGUAUGAUGCCGUUAAGGAAUCGAUGGGCAGGACUGUUUUGCAGUAUAAACCCCUCCUUGGAGAUUUGAAAUUCACUCUAGAAUCUCUACGGCCGCGCAUCGUCCAACAGAUAGGAGAUCAUAAUGUGGAGUUAGGCCUCCCGAAUGACGAUAUUGAGAGCCUACAAAGACAAAUGGAGGAGGGCAUAGUGCUUGUUAGGAAGCUGUCGAAUAUUGGUAUGUGGAAUUGUUAUGCAUGGGGCAGCUGCAUCAACUGCACAACGCCUAGUUACAGCGACCAACUUGUUGAGUUGGAUAGGUCUCUUAGAAUACUGUUAGAGAUAUUGAAGCUGCAGGAAGCAAGGGAUGUGAAGGAGGUCUUGCUUUUGGCUAGGAAGAUCCAUGACAAACAAGAUGAAUUGGAAAGAAGAAUGUCAGAUUUGCUGAAAGUGCAGCAGGAAGCAGGGGAUGUGGGAGGGUCUUCAGGAAGCAACACAGGCACGACGAUACAGCAAGGAAACGAAGGGAAUGGAGGGCAUCAAGUGGUGCCAUUAGGCGGAGUAGGAGGGAGUGGAAUACUGUUAAAGAGAUUGAAGCUGCAGCAAAAAGAGGAUGUGAAGGCCAUCUUGCUUUUGAAUAAGGAAAUCCGUGACGCACAAGUUGAAUUGGACAGGAAAAUGUCAGAUAUUCUGAAAUUGCAGCAGGAACCAAAAGCUAACAGUUGUAGGACAGUUGGAUCCAGCGCUAAUAGCGACUAAAUUGAGGAAGAUAGUUUCUAAAACAGAGGUGAUAUCAGUUGGCCCAGCCAAGGAAGAAAUAAAAGAAGAUAAGAAAGAAAUCUUAGUAUGAAAGAGAAAAUGGAAGACAACAAAGAAGAAAAUUUAGAGAAAAUUUUUACUAUGAAAGAGAGCAGGUGAUAAAGGAUGCUAUAAUCUUGUUUGUACCAUUGGGUACAGCCUGCAGCAUUGCGUGAACUAAUUUCGGAUCAAGGGACUCGGCAUCCAACGUUGCUUCUGCUUCAGAUGCCAAGAAUGUAGAGUUUUAUGAUCAGAUACG